AAGAGGAAAAAGUGGAGGGAGUUGUACUAAAAAGCAACAAGUCUCUCUAUUUCUCUUCUGGUAGUAAUUGAGAAAUGAAUCUACUUGAAGCGCCAUCAUUCCUCUCCGCUUUUACUUCACUAUUCACUCCAAAUUUCAAAAAUUCCUGGCACGAUCCCAUUCCCCUUAGAUCUACGCAUUCUCUCUUCAACUCCUACUCCUAAAACACACGCCCGCUGCCGGUUGAUCGAGUUCGUUUAGAUUGGUGUGGAUUUCUGUUGUUAUUAAAGUGAAGCUGCUUUUGCUGACAAUGCCGCCUCCGACUGACUCUGAUUUUGAUCUCCGACGAGCAUCUACGCCGCCUGGAAGUUUGGGGAUCAGUGACGCAUUUGCUGACGUUAACAACCUCGAGCACUGUGCCAAGUACUUGAAUCAAACCCUAGUCACCUUCGGAUUUCCGGCUUCGCUUGAUCUCUUCGCCAAUGAUCCAGUUUCAAUCGCGAGGACUUGCAAUUGCAUAUAUGCACUGUUACAGCAGAGGCAGAGGGACAUUGAUUUUAGAGAGUCUGCUAAUGAGCAGAGACAACGGUUUUUGUCAGACAUUUCAAGAUUCGAGGCUAAAGUGGAGAGAUUGGAAGCCCAACUUGCAUCCAAGGAUAGAGAAAUAGCAACAAUGACUAGAACAGAAGCAAAAGCUUCUGCAGCUUUUAAAGCGCAAAUUGAAAAGUUGCAGCAAGAACGAGAUGAGUUUCAAAGAAUGGUGAUUGGGAAUCAGCAAGUUAAAACUCAACAAAUACAUGAGAUGAAGAAAAAGGAAAAAGAGUACAUAAAACUGCAGGAAAGGCUAAACCAAGUUCUGAUGGAGAAGAAGAAGGAAUCUAGAUCAGGAAUGGAGAUUAUGAAUUUGCUUCAGAAAGAAGGGCGGCAGCGUGGUACAUGGAAUGGAAAGAAAGCUGACAAUGACUUCUACAAAAAGAUUGUGGACACAUAUGAAGCAAAAAACCAAGAACUAGUGGCAGAGAAUGCUGAUCUGAGAGCAUUAUUACGUUCAAUGCAGGUGGACAUGCGCGACUUUUUGAAUGCACCAAAUGGUACAUCCAAUCAAUCUUUUCUAGUUAAUGGAAGGCAAGAGAUUGACCACUUGCAAUCCCCUUUGGGUGGGAGAACGGAUAUGUUUGACCUUCCUCUCCAUAUGGCUAGAGAUCAAAUUGAAGAAAGUCUACGAACUAAAAUGGCCUCUAUUAAGGAGCGCAUGGUUCAACUACAAGAUGCACAACAAGGUGCAGAAGUCACGUCUGAAGCAACAGAGAGAGAACUUGAGCUGGAAGCUCAACUUGUUGAGGCCAGGAGUAUAAUUCAGGAGCAGGCUUCCAUCAUGUCUAAGCAUCUUACAAAGUCUGAACGUCCAAGGAGAUUGAGUGGUAAUAUAAAUUCUGACAGAGAACUAAUUCUUUCAUCGCCAACUGAGUAAUGGAGAGGACAAGUAUUUGAUGAUGGAUGCAACCAGGUGCAUGCGGCAGUCAUGACAGUUGAACUUGCUGAAAGUCACGUGCAAUGAUCUAUGGUUGAAUGAUGUGAAGCUGACAAUAUCUAGGGCGGGUCAACAUAUGCAUACAUGUGCAUUGAUGGUCGCAAGUCAUCUGGGCUACCUGUUCAGGCUGCUUGAAAGAACUAUUGUUUUACUUCGGGCUAGUAAUUGUAACGUCGUCGUAGCUAGCUUUGCUUUGUGUAUGCAUUUGCUUAUUCGACGUAUGCAGGGCUUUACGAUAGUGCCCUUUAACCUACUGUAUUGUCACGUAUUGAUGUUUUUCUGAUUGCAAAUUUCCUUGGCAACAACAACAUUGUGAGCCUCCCUCCUUCACUAAACCCGGUAUAUAUGUCAACGAUAUCUGUUGUGACA